CGACUAUUCUAUAACAGUCAACUUAUUGGUCCGUCAUCAUGCCUCCUAAAACAAGUGGUAAAGCAGUCAAGAAGUCUGGUAAAGCCCAGAAGAACAUCACCAAGAAUGAUAAGAAAGGCCGCAAGAAGAAGCGUAAGGAAAGUUACGCUAUCUACAUCUACAAAGUGCUCAAACAAGUUCAUCCUGACACUGGAGUCUCCAGCAAGGCCAUGAGCAUCAUGAACAGUUUUGUCAACGACAUCUUCGAGCGUAUCGCUGCUGAAGCUUCAAGACUUGCGCACUACAACAAGCGCUCCACCAUCACUUCCCGGGAAAUUCAAACCGCAGUUCGUCUUCUGCUUCCCGGUGAAUUGGCAAAACACGCAGUCAGUGAAGGAACUAAAGCUGUCACUAAAUACACCAGCUCCAAAUAAAUUUCCUAAUUCAAAUUAUUAAACCAAACGGCCCUUUUCAGGGCCACCAAAUUUUUCAAAACGUAAAUUUACCUCGAGUUGAAUAUUUGUCUUAAAUGACGUUCUAUAUUAAUUAAAUAAAUAUACAUAUAUAUAUAAAGUUCUAUUUUCAGCUAAAAUAAACUAGAAAAUCUAAAAAAAUUCUAGAAAUUCUUUUAAAAUAUCAUAGAUAAAAUUUAAAAUUUUCAAAUUACGUGCGCUGACAGUUCGAAAUCGAGAUAUCGAAUUACCUAACCUCCAAAACUAUUAUAAUUAUAAAAUUUAUAUCUUUACUACACAGUUUGAUAUUUAAUUAUAUAUAUAUUUUUAAUAAUUAGUUAAAUUGUUAAAAACU